CAGCACCCUCCAAGUCCCUGGGCACAUGGUGCUGCAGGAGGAGACUGAGCCGGCGGCCUGGACGUGUGGAUGCCAGUUCCUCGUCCUGGAUGUGCAGCUGCCCCAUGAUAUCCAGCUCCAGCCCAGACCAGAGCAGCUGCAAGGGGAGCCGUGGACAGCGUGACCUGAAACUGCCAGUGACCCUCCCCAAAGGUCAAGGACCCCUUUGAGAAGAACCUCUUUCUUUCCUGCUUCUCGGAUCUUAGUUCCCCAACCAGGGAAUGAACGUGGGCCCAUGGCAGUGAAAGCGUGGAGUCCUAACCACUGGACCGCCAGGGAAUUCCCUCAACACACUCUUAUAAAUUGACGAUGACAAAACUGUGUCAGAGUGGAGCUAGGAUGGAAUCCAGUACUGAUGCUCUUAAGCCACCACAAUCCAAUGGCCAUAAUUCCUGCCCAGGAUCUCUACCAGGUCCUCCCUGCCCAGACUGCUGCCCAGUUCCAAGGCUCCUACCUCAACAUAGCCAGACAGGGGGAAAUCUUUCCGGAAAGGAUGUCCCUCAAAACCAUAGUCUGUUAGGAUCCUUCUUAGGUCAGGGUGGUUAGCAAAGAAGACUCCAAACAUGUCCCAAAUCUAGAAAAAAGAGGCACUCAGGCAAUCAGCCAUCACAGCCAACACAGGGUGAGGGGCUGCACUGUAUCCAGUAAUUUCAAUCAGUUCUGCAACUCCGGCCCAGAGGUGGGUCCACCACGUCCAGUAACUCACCUCCCUCUCAUACCAGUUGGCUGCCUUGUACACAGACACAGAAGACUCAAUGGGUGUCAGCUCAUCUGUAUAGGUCUUCACACGGAUCCGGGAGUUGAAACGCAGAGAGAGCAAGUUGUAAACAAUCUAGGGAGAAUGGAGGGAGCUGGAGGACCAAGAGGACCACAGGCUGAGGGGUCUGGGACAGAAGUCCCUGAGUGGGAGCAUAAUAAUGAGGAUACAGGGUGGGUUAAAGUUCCACCCUGUGAACCUGCCUUCUGUCCCGAACUUCAAAACCUCAAGAUGCUCUUAUACUUGCAACUACUUCCAAAGGCCUAAGCCACCCUAUAGCUCAGCCUGUCAGCAUGCUUGUCUUUGCUCAUGCUACUGGAUGCCUCCCGACCUGCCCUCCCUCACUGGGCUAAUUCCUGGUCUCCUAGUUAUCCAUUAAGAUUCAGCACAAACUUUCUCUCUCCCUUCAUAAAAGCCUCCUAGACAGGGCUAAGUGCCUCUCCUGUGUUCUUAUAAUAUCCCAUGAAUUAUGUUAUUACAGUAAACUGUUUUAUGUGUCCUUCUUCCUCACUAGAGUGUGGGGGACUCCUGGAGGUCAGGUACUGGGUGUUAUUUCUCUCUCAAUCCCAGGAUCUGGCAGAAAGUAGAUGACCAUACUAACAAUAACAAUAGCUAUAUGUAUUGAGAACUUAUUGUGUGCUAGCAGUCUACCUGUACUAUCUCAUUUAAUCCUCACAACCACCCUAUCAGAUAGGGUGGUUUUAUGCUUUGUUUGUACUUACUUUGCACAUAAGAAAACUAAAUUCAGAAAAAUCAAACAAAAUGUUUGAAGCCACACAGCUUACUAAUGGCAAAGCUACAAUUCAAACUCAGUCUGCCUGAUUCUGAGGCCCUGGUUUAACUGCUGUGUUGUAUUGUUUGACCUGAACAGAAACUAAGGAGGCUAUGGUUCCCAAAGGUAGCUAUCACCCUAAAACUGUUUUGUCCCCUUUCCCUCCUUUACUCUCCAAACCUCAAGUCUCCUGACUGACCUCAAAACGGUUCUGCCGGGUGGGGAUAUCCACCGCUGUCAAGUCAGCCAAGGAUUUGAAUUGUGCAUUGGUGUGAUCCCUGAGGAAAGUCAGCACUGGGAUGACUCCAUCAGGAUGGAUACAGAUCUCUAACUCACUGAAGCAGGACACCUGCAGACAUGGAACAGGAGAGGAGAAGGAACAAAGCUACAGAGGGAGCAGCUAACUUCAGCUGGAGUCUCCAGAUUAAAGGCAGAGAAAAAAGACCAAGUUGGGAUGGAGGAGUCUGUGGUUUGAUUCCAGGCUGCCCACUCCCACAUGCCCUAAGAACACAGUUCUUUCUUUCAGUGUUUUUUGGGGUUUUUUUUUUUUGGCCGUGCCACGUGGCACGUGGGAUCUUAGUUCCCCAACCAGGGAUCGAAAGUGCGGAGUCCCAACCACUGGACUGACAGGGAAGUCUCAACAUGGUUCUUUCUUGACCCAAACCCGAACAACAGUAGUGAAUAUUACCUGAACUUGUUGGACAUACUUGGGCAGGAUUUCAGCCACAUACUCUCCAAAAGCUGAGAGCUGCUUGUGGGCCACAUCAUUCUGUGGUCUGACAGUGGCUGGAAGGAGAAGGCAUAUUUAAGUAAGGAAAGUAGAAGGCAGCAGCCAGCCCUGCAUUCAGUCUCUUGAGCUUGUAAGGGGUGCCGUUUCCCAGUCAGGACUCCCUGCAGAACCUUGAGAAAGGUGAAGUGGAAGCUUCCUCUUCCGAACAGAAAGUGAUCAAAACAUAAGGAAAAUGCCACCUACACAGUCCACAAAGACUCACCUUAUUACUGCAGCUGGGGUGUUUGACCCUUUUCAAAACUACUCCAUGGUUCUUCCUUCACAAUGCCUGCAUUUCUGCUAAAAGCAGCAUAUGUCUCAGCUCUCUUACCACACUAGAAGCUCUUUAAGUGUGAGAAUCAGAACUUUUGCUUCUCUUUAUCUCCUUAGCAUCUGGCUCAUAGCAGGUUCUCCAGCUAAGAACUUCAGGGCUGAAGAGCCAUCACAGAUUAUGUAGUUGAAACCUUUUUUUUGUGUGUGACAUAGAUGAGGAAACUGAGGCCCAGAAAGGGGGAAAUGUCAGGUUUCCUGACUCCCACUCGGCUUAUAUUGACUGUAACUUAUCUCCGUACACUCAUUCGUACAACACUAAAUCACUGAGCAACCACACAUCAUAGGCCGCAGAGUAACUGUUUUCUCUGUCUUUGGCAGCAGGCAGGCCUACUUUGUCACUUACUAGUGCUGUGAUCCCGGGCAAGUUACUUCUCUGGACUAUUUCCUGCUCUACAGUAGAAGAGCAUAAUACUAUCUAUCUCAUAAGAUUGUUGUGGAGACUAUAAUCGUUCAUUAAUCGCUUAGCAAGGUGCCUGGCACACAAUAAGCAUUCAAGUAACGUGGGCUACUAUUAUAACAAGACUCAGAGGCCCAAAGUUUAUGUUUCCUGCUUUCAAAGAGAUGCCAGUUUAAUCAGAGAAAAAGGGAAUCAUGGAAAUGGACAAGGGGCAACAGGACCAUAACAGAGAGGCCUAAGGGCACAGGGAGGGCCCGAUUCUGCCUGCAGAGUGAGGACCAUUGGAGUCAGCUCUCUAAGGACAAACAGAGACUUGCGAGGAAACGCAGGGGAGGGCAGCCCAGGACAAGGGCAAACAUCUGACAAAGGGAAAGAACGGGGCCCCGCCUGUAGUCCCGAGAAGGGCCGGACCCGCACAUACUCACGGCGCGUGUCUGCCGCGGCGCUUUCCCUCCUCACCGGCAACAACAGCACCAAGGGUCUCCAGGCCACUGCAUGGGAAGAUAGACACCGAAGCGCAGGGUGAGGCCUGAGGAACUCCCUGCGCUGGGCGUGUAACCGUUCCUGCCCCGGGCCUCAGCCAGCUGUCCACUGCUCACCUCUGGCCAGCGCAGCGGACCCCACGAGCCCCAGCCAACAGCUCCGAGCCGCUGCUGCCGCCGCCGCCGCCGCCAUGUUCCCCGGAUACACUCCAGGUAGCCGAGGGCAGAUCCAUAGGACACGGAGCCCCAAGGGCACGGACCGGAAACGGAAGUGUGCAACAGAUCUUCUUCCGGGCGGACGCGGGGUCGGAAGCAGAGGUUCCGGGUUCCGGGUUCCGGGUUCCGGGCUUCGGAAUGAAAGGAGGGAAGGCAGGUGAGAAAGCGAAGCCAGCGGGUGGGGAAACCGUGACGUGAACGUGCCCUAGCUUGGUGUGACAGAGGCUGGAGAGAAGGCAAGGAUCCUAAGGAACCAGACUGGAAUGUGAUGUCAUUGCAAGAGCGUGAGUCCAGCUUUGGUUGAAGGAGAACAUCAGAGAUGUCAUUAACAGGGCCAGGACUAAGGCUAAUCUGGGCCGACUGUGCCCUCACUUUUCCCUUCUCCCUCCCUGCAUUGGACAAUUGGAUUCAUAGGCUGUGGCUAUGGACUACUUCAGUUAUUCAGGGUGGUGGUGUUUUGCAGACAACUGGCAGAGAGAGAAGUUGGCUACUACCAUGGAAUCACCAGAGGAGCCUGGAGCAGCCAUGGAUGAGAACUACUUUGUGAACUACACUUUCAAAGAUAGGUCACACUCAGGCCGUGUGGCUCAAGGCAUCAUGAAACUGUGUUUGGAGGAAGAGCUCUUUGCUGAUGUCACCAUUUCAGUGGAAGGCCGGGAGUUUCAGCUCCACCGAUUGGUCCUCUCAGCUCAGAGUUGCUUCUUCCGGUCCAUGUUCACUUCCAACCUGAAGGAGGCCCACAACCGGGUAAUUGUGCUGCAGGAUGUGAGCGAGUCUGUUUUCCAGCUCCUGGUUGAUUAUAUCUACCAUGGGACUGUGAAACUUCGAGCUGAGGAGCUGCAGGAAAUAUAUGAGGUGUCAGACAUGUAUCAGCUGACAUCUCUCUUUGAGGAGUGUUCUCGGUUUUUGGCCCGCACAGUGCAGGUGGGCAACUGUCUUCAGGUGAUGUGGCUGGCAGAUCGACACAGUGAUCCUGAGCUCUACACUGCUGCCAAGCACUGUGCCAAGGCCCACCUGGCCCAGCUGCAGAGCACAGAGGAAUUUCUCCACUUGCCCCACCGUCUACUCACUGAUAUCAUCUCUGAUGGAGUUCCAUGUUCCCAGAACCCAACAGAGGCAAUAGAAGCCUGGAUCAAUUUUAAUAAAGAAGAAAGAGAGGCUUUUUCAGAGUCACUCAGGACUAGCUUGAAGGAAAUUGGGGAGAAUGUACACAUUUACCUGAUCGGGAAAGAGUCAUCUCGUACCCACUCGUUGGCUGUGUCCUUACAUUGUGCAGAAGAUGACUCCAUCAGUGUAAGUGGCCAAAACAGCUUGUGCCACCAGAUCACUGCAGCCUGCAAGCAUGGCGGAGACUUGUAUGUGGUGGGAGGGUCCAUCCCACGGCGCAUGUGGAAGUGCAACAAUGCCACUGUGGACUGGGAAUGGUGUGCGCCUUUGCCCCGUGACCGACUCCAGCACACCCUGGUGUCUGUGCCCGGGAAAGAUGCCAUAUAUUCACUGGGUGGCAAGACGCUGCAGGAUACCCUCUCCAAUGCAGUUAUCUAUUAUCGGGUAGGUGAUAACGUCUGGACUGAGACAACCCAGUUAGAGGUGGCUGUGUCAGGGGCCGCUGGUGCCAACCUCAACGGGAUCAUCUACUUACUAGGGGGGGAGGAGAAUGACCUGGACUUCUUUACCAAACCGUCCCGACUCAUCCAGUGCUUUGACACAGAGACAGACAAGUGUCACGUGAAACCCUAUGUGCUGCCCUUCGCUGGCCGCAUGCACGCAGCUGUGCAUAAGGAUCUGGUGUUCAUCGUGGCUGAAGGGGACUCCCUGGUGUGCUACAAUCCCCUGCUAGACAGCUUCACCCGGCUUUGCCUUCCUGAGGCCUGGAGCUCUGCCCCAUCCCUCUGGAAGAUUGCCAGCUGUAAUGGGAGCAUCUAUGUUUUUCGGGACCGAUAUAAAAAGGGGGAUGCCAACACCUACAAGCUUGAUCCUGCCACUUCGGCUGUAACUGUCACUAGAGGCAUUAAGGUGCUGCUUACCAAUUUGCAGUUUGUGUUGGCCUAAGGCUGUGAGGGAAAGAGCGGCUGACUUUUGCCCUCCCUUUCUCCAGCACCUACCCAUCCAAACUCAAAGUCCCGGAGGCCCCCAUUCAGGUACUAUGUUAUUUUUUGGCACAUGUUAGAAAGGCAGCGCCUCAACCCUUGAACUCAUAAGGGUGUUCCGUUUGGGGCUUUUUAGACUGCUGCUUCUCAGCUGGCUGGUUGAACUGAGAGUAGGCCAGCCUGUUCGCCAUCCCCUUGUAAUCCUGUGCCUCCCUACAGAGCACGUAGAGCAAGCCUCUUCUCCGCCCUUAGGCACUGCCUCCCCUCUUUACCUGAUCAGUGUUACAUAGAAGCACCCCUGAUCCCGGGACAGAAGGAAAGAUGCCCAGUCUUCCUUUUUUUCCAUAGCCUGUUAAGUGGCUAAUUGGUCAUUUUUCCACGAAGAAUUAGGUGUUAGAGUUCUCCUUCAGGCUUUGGUUGGGAGAAUGGACUAAGCUGAAGGUGUCCUUCACCAGCAAGAGUCUACCCUAGAAUUUAGGACGUUUGUCUGUUGUUUUUCAUCUGUCUGUCAAGAAAUGUAUACUUUGGUUUUAUUUUUGGCUUAUUCCAAGGAGUAAGCCAGAAAGAAGUAGAAAGGAUUAUUUCUGAUUAAUCGCAGAAACUUUUUUCAAACUCAAAUAUAUAAGGUCUCUAUUCUUUUAAAAGCUCUAAGCUAAGCCAAGAGCUAGGAACUGUUCAUACAAAUAAAAGUUUUUGAAGCGAUAUGUGUGUCUGUUUU